AUGGAAAUGGUAAAUGAAGAAACUGGAGAUCCAACUCUUAGUAGUGGUAUUUAUCAUGAAAAUGAGACUGAAGUUGUAAUUACAUCGAAGGUUGAGGGGGAAAGCAAUGGGAAUGUGAUUUUUUCUAGGGAAGCUCCACUUGAACGACUACUGGAGUACAAUGGAGAUGAAGUUCUGAAGGCAAAAGCUAAAACAAAGGUUAGUGCAACAGUAAUUUGUGUUCCUUCCCCUUUUAAGGCUAAAAUUAUUCUGGAGGCUAAGGUAGAUUUGGCUAUUUGCAUCACUGAGAGAAUCCCUCAGCAUGGCAUGGUUAUUGUCAAGGCUUCUCUCAACAAGCAGUCAAAAACUCAGCUCAUAGGUCCAAACUAUCGUAGAAUUAUCAAGCCUGGGGAGUGUAAGAAUGGAAUUAUGCCUGAAUACAUUUACAAACCAGGACAUAUUGAAAUUAUCUCACGAUCUGGCACACUAACUUAUGAAGCGAUUUUUCAAACUACUGUCGUCAACCUUAGACAGUCAACAUGUGUCGGAAUUGGUGCGGACACUUUCAAUGGAAUGAAACUUGAUUAUUGCAUAGAAAAAUUCCUUGCCAAUCCUCAUACAGAAAGUGGUAUCAAAAAUCCCAUUGGUGCUUCCAUUGAGAGUUGUAAUCAUCACAUAUGGCAAGCUAUAAGAGCAUCAUCUACAUCGUCAGAUUAUCUAGAUGAUUACACUGGUGGUGUAUAUCACCGGCAAGAUGGUGCUAUUGUAGCAAAUAAUCCUAUUAAUUUUACCGUACAAGAAGCACAACUAUUGUGGCAUCAUGCUAAAAUUGAUUUCUUAGUUUCAAUUUGGUGCGGGUCCAUUCCAACCAAAGUUCAUAGGGGUGGUUGGCAUUAUUUAGACACUGGACAAGUUUUGAUUGGGAAUGCGUACUGUGUUGAUCGUGUGGAGAAAGCUCUGAGCGCAUUGCUUCUUAUGCUGCCUAGUGUACAUUAUUUUCGAUUCAGUCAUGUUGAUGAUCACUGUGGUAUAGAACUCUAUGAAACGGAUCCAAUAAUUUGGCUAAAGCUAGAGGAUGCUUCAGAAGAGUACACAGUUCAAAAUCAGGUCCAAGAAGAUGAAAUGAAUGAGACAUAUGCCCCUCUUGCAUUACCUGCUUAA